AUGUCCCCGCACAAACCUAGCUCGAGCCACACAUCAAAGUCACCAUUUUGGCACGGUGGCAUCAAGUCAGCACUCUCCUCUGCCAUCUCCAUAUUCCAGCCUUCCUCCUCUAGACCCAGACCCCCAGCAGCCGCCAUAGCCAUCCAGGAUCAGGAGAAGGAGUACGAGCACGAGUACCAGACGACUACUGCUGAGCCACAAGACCCAAUCCCUAACACUCUGCCUCUACCGCCUGCUCCAAGGCCUGCCCACCUCCCAAUGGCAAACAAUCGCUCCUCGCCCACCCCUGGUGGCGAUCCUACGCACAGCACGUACGAGGUCAAUGUUCCUGUCCGUAAUGGACGCGGCUCUUCGCCAAAGGUCUCAAACCCAGAGAUCCGCAUCCCCAGGAUAACACCAGUAUCCGAUGGCACAGACCAGCCUCAGGAUCAGCAUCAGCAUCAGCCGCAUCAAGGUUCAGAACCACAACCUCAAUCUCAUUCUCAGCCUCAACCCUCAACAUCAGCUUCAGCAUCCACAUCAAAACCUUCACAUCAAGAACUCGCCGCUGGCCUCGACGGCAAAUAUGUCGACGAGUUCGGCAACAUCCUGGGCUGGGACGGCACCGUCCUCGGCCGUGUAGAAGGCGAUCUGCCUUCCAUGGUAGGGCGACCAGUCAUGCCCUCUGGAGAAAUCCUCGACGAGGACGGCGAGGUGGCUGGCCAUGUGUGCGACAACUACACCAAGCCAGAUCUCAAACCCCUGGCGGGAGGGCUCAAAGUCGAUGAUGAAGGCAAUAUCUACAAUGACCAAGGAAACAAGAUUGGCAAGCUUGACAAGCCGAUGAAUGACGGGCCCGAGAAGGUUUCCGGGAGCAAGGAUGCAGGUGCAGAUACCCAGGGAGGCUCCGGCAAGAUCGCUCCAAAGCCGCCGUCUGCCCCGAGACCUGACGAGCUGUUCCUGGAUGUGAAGUCAACUUUCGAUGGGAUUCAGCUCACCAUCAAGAUCCCCACUGUCUUCAAUAGGAAUGUUGUAACCGAGACAAAGAGCAGUGCCAGUCAGACUGACACCACCGAUACCACAGAUAGUAGUCAUAAUCGAUAA